AUGCAAGAAGAACGGUACUUGGAUAUAUCGAUGAAUCUAUCGAUCAUCUUCCUGAAGAACAUAGGCAUAUGGAUGACCGACGAUCCUGCAACAAAACGUAAAAUGAAGAUAUUACUCACUUACACUGUGUGGAACACGUUGUUAGGGAUGGUCACCAUUCUCAGAGAUUUAUACUUCACCCUGUUAUACAAAGGUGAUAUUCUUUACGUGAUGUCCAAUCUUUUAACAGUGUUUAUGGGUUUCAUCAAGAUAUGUAUCAUAAUGAAGCAUAAAGAGGAAUUUCUAGGCUUGAUUAUGUAUAUGCAGGCAAAUUUCUGGAAUGUCAGAUACGAUUUUCAAGAGAAAGAAAUUUUAAGCAAUUGCAGGAGAACAUGUGCUUUCUUCGUCUGCUCUGUUACCAUUAUUGGUUUCUGUGCAAUGGUGGCGUAUGUAAUAACACCGAUAAUUGAGCAUAUGAAAGACAAGGAAGCAGAAAGAAAACAUCCAUUCAAUUUGUGGAUAAAUUUACCACUAUCGGUGACGCCCUACUAUGAAAUAACAUUUGUUAUACAGACGAUAAGCAUGUGCUGUAUCGGGAUCUGCUACUUUUGCUUCGACAAUAUUUUCUGCAUCAUGGCCAUACAUUUGGGUGGCCAGUUUCGCAUACUUCGAUACAGGUUUGCGAAACUGUGUGACACUGAACACCAGAUAUGUGAGAAGAAUACGGAAGCGAUGUUGAUGAAGCAGGUGCACAAAUUCUACGAGAAACUGAAAACAUGCAUUCGACUUCAUCAGUCACUGAUCAACUUUUGCAACCAGCUUGAAACCGUGUACACGAUGAUCAUACUUGGACAAGUGUUGGUAUUCAGUAUGUUAAUCUGCUUGUUUGGUUAUCAAGUAUUAUUGGCUAAUGCUCCUCCUACGAGACGCAUCGUUUUCGUCUUUCUUUUAAUCGGCUCGAUGUCUUUGUUAUUUAUGUUCACCUACAGCUGCAAUGGUGUGAUAGAACACAGUGAUGACAUUGCUAUAGGAGCAUAUUCAUCGUUAUGGACAGUUAUUCCGAUGAAUACACCUGGGAAAAAGCUUCGAGACGAUUUGAUAAUGGUGAUCGUACGGGCUAGACGAGUGUGUUGUCUGACUGCGAACGGAUUUUUCCCUGUGUCACUGGAAACUUACACCACGAUUUUGAGUACUGCCAUGUCAUAUUUCACACUCCUAAUGAACCACAUAUAA